CAAGACGCCAUAUUGCUCUCAGCUGGACUCGGGAGUUUGCGUGAAGGAAAUAAUAAUACCUAGCUAUACCUAGGAGUUUCUGACAUUAUUCAUCUUAAAUGGAUGAGAUGGCAAGCCCAGGGAAUGACCGAAUGAAGAGUUACAAGAACAAAGCGCUGAACCCACAGGAGAUGCGCCGGAGGAGAGAGGAGGAGGGGAUCCAACUCCGCAAACAGAAGAGAGAAGAGCAGCUGUUCAAGAGGAGGAAUGUGUGUGUGCCCUCGGGCGAUGAGUCCAUGUUGGAAUGCCCUGUCCAGGACCCUGACAUCAGCUCCACUGCACCAGUCUCAGGUGAAGGUGUCAUAACUCCAGACAUGAUCCAGAUGAUCUUCUCUGAGGAUCCAGACCAGCAGCUGAUUGCCACACAGAAAUUCAGGAAGUUACUCUCCAAAGAGCCCAACCCCCCCAUCGAUGAGGUCAUCCUCACCCCAGGGGUCGUCAAUAAGUUUGUGGAGUUCCUCAAGAGGAGUGAGAACUGCACUCUUCAGUUUGAGGCAGCCUGGGCCCUAACCAACAUUGCCUCUGGGACCUUCCUGCACACCAAGGUGGUUAUCGAGACGGGAGCCGUGCCCAUCUUCAUCGAGCUGCUCAACUCGGACUACGAGGACGUCCAGGAGCAGGCCGUGUGGGCCCUGGGGAACAUCGCCGGGGACAACGCAGAGUGCAGAGACUACGUUCUCAACUGUGGCAUCCUGCCCUCCUUACAACAGCUGCUGGCUAAAUCCAACCGUCUCACCACAACUAGGAAUGCUGUAUGGGCUCUGUCUAACCUGUGUAGAGGGAAGAACCCCCCUCCAGACUUCACCAAGGUGUCUCCCUGUCUGAGUGUGCUGUCCAGGCUGCUGUUCAGUAGUGACCCAGAUGUGUUGGCUGAUGCCUGCUGGGCCCUCUCUUACCUGUCUGACGGACCCAAUGACAAGAUACAGACCGUCAUCGACUCUGGGGUCUGCCGCAGACUGGUGGAGCUACUCAUGCACAGUGAUUAUAAGGUGGUCUCUCCUGCGCUGCGUGCGGUGGGAAACAUAGUGACAGGAGAUGACAUUCAGACUCAGGUGAUUCUGAACUGCUCGGCGUUGCCAUGCCUAUUACACCUGCUCAGCAGUCCCAAGGAGUCCAUCAAGAAGGAGGCCUGCUGGACUGUGUCUAACAUUACAGCUGGGAACAGAGCACAGAUCCAGACGGUGAUAGAUGCCAACAUCUUCCCAGUGCUGAUAGAGAUUCUUCAGAAGGCAGAGUUCCGUACCAGGAAGGAAGCAGCGUGGGCUAUAACCAACGCUACCUCUGGGGGCACUCCUGAGCAGAUCAGGUACCUGGUUAGUCUGAACACUAUCAAGCCCAUGUGUGACCUGCUGACAGUGAUGGACAGUAAGAUAGUGCAGGUGUCACUGAACGGCCUGGAGAACAUCCUGAGACUGGGAGAGCAGGAGGCCAAGCAGAACGGCACCGGCAUCAAUCCUUACUGUGCCCUCAUAGAGGAAGCCUAUGGUCUGGACAAGAUCGAGUUCUUGCAGAGCCAUGAGAAUCAGGAGAUCUACCAGAAGGCUUUUGACCUGAUCGAGCACUACUUUGGUGUGGAGGAGGAGGACGCUAGCAUCGCCCCGCAGGUGGACCAGAACCAAGGCCAGUUUAUCUUCCAGCAACAGGACGGGCCCAUGGAGGGCUUCCAGCUCUAACCACACCUUGACCUUCACCCCUCUGAGUAUCUACCACCCCCCCAGGGGAGUCCAGUCUCCAUAGGGCUGUUUAGACCUGAACUGAUGACACUACCCCAUCUCGCCUCUCUCACUGGACCCACCUGCUCUACCUCUCUCCAAAUCUUCCUCUCCUGCAAGGCUAGCCUUGCCCUGCCACAGCACCCUAUCUGGAAAGGGCGAGAGAGGGAGCAUGAGAGAGAGAGAACCUGACUGACUGAAAGACUGACUGAGGACAGCUCAUUCUUAGUGUUUGAGACUUCCUGGAGCUGUAUGCAGCGUGUGGGUUGUUUUUUUCUAUUGUAGACUAUACCGUCUGUGCAGUGGCAAGCCUCCUAACAUGGUAGGCAUAGGAAAGAAAGAGUUGGCUGAUAUUUUGUCUUACUCCUAAAAAUGUUUUUUUAUUUUAUAAUUUCCUGUGAUAUUAUUAUUAUUAUUACGACACUGGUGUCUCAAUCACCCUCCAUAUCUCCUUUUUAAAUGUGAAACUACCUCUUCAGUCUUCAAAAAGAAAACAAAAGAUAUGAAGCAUUUUGACUGAGGAUUCUCUGGAUUUCACCAGAUAGUCCAAGUAAAACUCCUAUCCCAACUAGUGUCCUGAAGAGGUUUAGUGACUGUAUCAGCUCAUUUCCUAACUUCUUGUACCCUUUGACCAGAGCUGAGAGAACAGUUGGCUACAGACAGCCUACUGUUUUCGUUGGAGGAUGUACAUUGUGUCAAGAUGAUGUGUGUAUUCCAGUGACAUUAUUAUUUAAGUUGGAGAGCAGGUGGACAUCUUUCUCUGGGGUCUCUCUUCAAUGAUAAAAUUGACAAUGGUUGACCUGGAGAUUCCUAAUCUUAUUUAUUCUGUUGAAAUGUCUUUCAGUUCCUUGACCCUGGCUGCAAUAUUAACUUUAGAAUAACAGAACACCAGUUGCAUCGUACUGACCGCAGUAAUGUAGAUGCAUUAUGUAGGGAAACACUGCAUGUCACUUGCUGCAUUAGUCAGCAUAGCGUUCAGCCAGGCUUAUGCUUAUCUGUAACAACGUUACGGUAGGAUUGACACAACGUUAGGGUAACGUUGAGGAGUGUUCUGCUUGUGUGAGUGCUCCUUAUUGAAGCGCCGCCAGCCAGCCACAGUACAGUGCCAAACUGGUUAGGUUCAGUGACUAGUAUCUGUUGUGUGAUGCAGUGUCUGUCUGUAACAAUCUCCAGGUGAAUAAAAACACAGGCUCUCAGA